AUGAACGAAACCAAUAACCAAAUCAAUUGGAUUGACAUUCAGCAUGUGACCUUUACCUCGUGGGUGAAUUUGCAUUUGAAGAAGAUUGGAAUCACUCUCACCGAUUUAUCUUCAGGAUUUACAGAUGGAACAAACUUGAUUCAUCUCAUUGACCAAUUGACUUUGAAACAUCAGAGAAGUAAUGACGGUCAGACACCACAACUAUUGUCUCCACGAAUGAAUACCAAACCAAAAAUUCCAGUUCAAAUGAUGGAAAAUAUUAACCGGGCUUUGCAACGCUUGAAGAAUGAGAAUAUUAAUUUAACAGGUAUCACUUCUAACGAGAUUAAUAAGGGAAACCUUAAAAUUUGUCUAGCUCUUGUUUGGAGGCUAAUUCUGUUCUAUCAGUUCAAGAAUAAGAAAGCAGGAGAUGAAAACGAUGUCAUGGAGUCCCCAUCUAAAAGUAGAGGAUUGUCUCUGGAAAAGGAAAUGAUUGGUUAUAUAAACAGUAUCAUUUCAGAAUACACAGAAAAGUACAAGUUCAACGUAAAUGACAUAUCCUCAAGUUGGGCGGAUGGAAAAGCAUUAGGAGCUGUCAUUGACCGAUUGCUACGAGAGAAAUUUAACGGAGAUAUCGAGGCUUUUAAAGCAUUUUUCAACUAUGAGCGAGAUGUUAUCUACACCGAUAAAUCCCAUGCUGAAAUUAAUUCACAUCUAGUGGAUGUUGCAAAUGACCACCUAGAUAUUCCAGAAUUAAUUCAUUCAAACAUUUUAGAAAAAGGCCCUGAAAAACUCUCCAUGUUGACCUAUCUUUCAUAUUUCCGAGAGAAGGGAGAAGAGUUGAUUCCCAUUGUGCCUCAGCAUGUAGAGCCUGGUAUUUCUUCUCCAACAACAUCAUCUCCUACCAGCGACUUAAUUACUCUUCAAUCGCCAAACGAGAUGGAAGACCAACAAUCUCUGACCUCUUCAGUAACUCAUGAUCCUACUCUUUGCCCAAAUUGUGGCAUGGUAGACAUUUUAAAGGCAGAAGUUGAACAACACGCUCUCGAAAAAGAACAGUUGAGAGAUCAAGUUGAGCAAUUGCAGAAGGAAAUAGAAAUACUAAACUCCAAAUAUUUAAAGUUGGAGAAGUCUCAACAGACUCUGGUCACUCUCAAUCAAGAAGAAAAGGAAAAGCUUGUUAACGAACUAGAUCAUGCCAAAUCCGAGUUGUUAUUGAAAGUAGUUCACGAACAAGAAUUGCUGAAAAAAAUCGCAAUCUUAGAACAACAAAUGUCACAAAACAAUGCCCAAUCACAGACAGAGAUUAGUAACCUGAGAGAACAAAACAUUGUGCUUACGCAACAGGUUGAGGAUUUGAAAAUUCAUAUUCAAGAAGAGCAAAAGAAAACAUCAUUUACCGAGGACAAUGAUUCAACUCAUGGUUCAAAUCAAUCUACAGGUUCUGAGCCAAACAAUCCAAUUCAAGACUACACGGAAAUGUAUGAAACUGAAAAGAAACAAAACCAAGAAUUACAGCACAAGAAUCUUGUUCUAGAGCAACAAUUAUCAGAGCUUCAAGAAAAGCUCGCGAGCUUGGAAAUGGUUCAUUCAUCACACCAACUACUUUCAGAGAAGUACAAAACGUUACAUGAACAUGCUCUAAAAGAGAAUGAUAUUAUUCGUAAACAGCUUGAAGUUCUUCAAAAAGAGGAGAAAUAUCAAGAGCAAAAUAGUUUAGGCCUGAAACAACCCUCCUGUAAUAUAACGAACCAAUCAAUCUAUAGAUACGUAUCUAGGUUUAACAUAAUAUUGCUCGCUGUUGCAGUAAUUAGUGUAACCUUACUGAUGAGUCGGAAACAGGAUUGA